AUGAAGAAGUCAAUAGCAUGCGGCGCAUGUCGCUCCUCCAAGCGCAAAUGCAUUCACUCAGGCGGUCCGCCCUGCACGCGCUGUCGCGACCGCGGCGACGAGUGCGUCUUCCCGCCCAAAGGCACAUCAUUCAUCUUCCGCCGGAGCCGUCUCGAGCGUCAUCGGGAUGAACUCGGAGCCGGGGCUGGGAGCCGGGCUGACUCGGAGCUCAUCCGGGCCGGGAACUUGGCCACCACAGACCCAUUCGGCUUCCUGACGGAUGAGGUCAAGAACAGUUAUCUGCGCUGCUCGUACAAGUGGUCGUUUCACCAUAUUCCGAAUCUCCUCAUUGCUAUUCGUGAGAGGAGGUUGGAUCCUUUGCUGGUUUGGGCGAUGCUGGCUAUCACUGUGAGGUUCUCACAGGCUGCACCGCCGGGGUACGCGACACAGGUCGAAGCAAGCAAUACAUUCGCUGCUCAUGCGCGGUCGCUCGUCCUGUCACUUGUGGACCAACCAACCGUUCAUCGCGCUCAGGUUCUUCUCAUGCUAACCGGGCAUUCUUGGGGCGCCGGUGAGGGCAGAAGAGCAUGGGUUUAUCUCGGUAUGGCAGUGCGCAUGGCCCAAGUCCUUGGUCUAUUUGAAGAACCACCACCAGCGAUAACUCGAGAGGACUUUAUCGACGCUGAAGAGAGGCGUCGCACCGCAUGGACUUGUUUCCUGAUGGAUAGUCUUCUCAGCGGAGGAAAGGGUCGCGACAGGAUGCUGUCGGGUGAUAAGAUGCGGAUCCAACUCCCAUGUGAGUCGGAUAGCUUCAAUUUUGGCCAGAUCGUGCUGUGCGAAAGACUCGAUGGCUCAAUGCCGGACGGGUCCGCGAUGGGUACUGUCCACGGCAGUCUAGGCAUCGUAGCCAACAGCAUGCGCGUCGCUGAUGUCUGGGGCGCCGUCGCCAAAUGGGCUUGUACACGGCACGACAACACUGUACCGCCAUGGCAGCCUCAGUCCGAGUUCCAGAUGCUGCUUUCCCGGCUUGAACUCUGGAAGAACUCAUUGCCCGAACGACUACGCUAUGAACUCUUCCUCCUACGAGCGCACAGCGUGUCCAACCAAGGCCAAGCAUAUUGCUACAUGCACUGCAUCUACUUCAUGAGCGUCAUCUUCCUCUACCGAUCUUACCUCCCUGAAGUUGAGAUGCAAAAGGCCAGAGUUGGCGAUAAGGAUUGGGAUCAAUGGUCAACGUGGUCAAGCAAAGAACUCGAGAAAGUAGCCGAGCAGGUCUGUGACAUGCUACAAGAGAUACGCGCAUUUGGGCUGUACUUCCUACGCGGUCUCGUUCCAUGGAUUGGCUUCACCAUUUAUACGGCCGUCGGAACGAUGCUGUACUUUUAUCACUUCCCAAAUCCCGGCGACACGGCGCAUCAAGUUGAGAAGCGAAGGGAGCAUAUUGUCGAGGGCCUCUUGUUCCUCAAAGACAUGCGACAAGCUUGGCCGAUGGCUGACACCUGGCGCGAGAAGAUCAAGGCGAUGCAGAUCUUCUACAGCAACAUCAAGGCCGACGGUGAUCUCGCAGUAACGCCCAGCGAACGACGAGAAAUGCGCAACGCAAUCAUCGACUACGGCGCUCUCCAACCCGAUCCCGUCCGUCAGCCCGACGCCGAAAGCACCGACGAACAAAGCGCUACAGAUGGCGAAAAUGACCAGGCCUCGUCAAACGUCGACUUUUCCUUCAUCGCGCCCGCAGACAUUGACCUAUUCGACACAGACUUUGCAUUCGGCAGCAACAUGUACGCGACGUUCGCCGACGCAACGCAGGGCUUCUGGGAGAGUUUCCCUGGAAGUAUGGACAUCGCGGGCGACAUGGUCACGGAGAACUGA